UUUAGGGGGUUGGUGGCAGGAGAGUCCCAAGCUCGUUCAGCCUUAGCUUUCCAUACUGUAGACUCUCACUUGAUGGAAAGAAUACUUGGGUCCCCAGUGGAGAUGUCCAACUCAGUUUUCUCUGGGCAAGGCACCCUUAGAAAGAAAGACAUGGUAUGGGAUGGAGUGGACACAAUAAAGGCUGAGGGAUGGGGUGGACAUGGGUAUGUGACAAAGUACUGAAGAUUGCAAGGAAAUCUCAGAAGACAUGGAGGUAGGUAGGUAAGAGCCAGAAGGAGAGCAUGGCUAGAGGACCACACGGCAGGACCCAGACAGAAUAAAAAGGGAGGCUGAAACAGGGAGAGAGGGAGAGGACAGCAGACCAAGCGUAAGAUGGCAACAGGGGGAAAAGAGAGCUGGGUAACAGGAAGGCCAAGGAGGAAGGAAGGCUCACAUGGAGCAACCUCCUCUUCCGGCUGUGGAGCAUGGCCCAGAAAGUCCCAGGCCAAGCCGGGCGCAAAAUAAGGUUCCAGGUACCCAAUGGGCUUACUCAUUUGGGGAAGAAACCCCCACAGUUACCCAUCUCCUCUACCUCUUCAGACUCCCAUGUUGGUUUGGGGGAGAGGGCGAGGCUGCUCCUCACUGCGGUCAGAGCCACAUCCUGCACAGCAGGCGAGGGGGAAGUAAGAAGCAAAACAACCAGAAGAACCACAGCUGAAGACCAUGGGGAGAGAACCCUGGACACAUGCAGCUGAUGGGUCAACAGGAGGGUCUCCACUUCUACCCCAGCGGAAGACCUUAGACCUCUAGUACUGCCUGACCCCCUGAGGUGUUUGUUUCUCAGGGCUCCUCAAUGUGCAUCAACCUCACUGGGAGUUCCUGGGAAGGAGGCUCCUUUGGAUUAUUUGGAACCAUGGAGCCUUUCAGUUCAAAGAGUCUGGCACUGCAAGCAGAGAAGAAGCUACUCAGUAAGAUGGCAGGUAGGUCUGUGGCCCAUCUCUUCAUCGACGAGACAAGCAGUGAGGUGCUAGAUGAGCUCUACCGUGUGUCCAAAGAGUACACGCACAGCCGGCCCCAGGCCCAGCGGGUUAUAAAGGACCUGAUCAAGGUAGCUGUCAAGGUGGCUGUGCUACACCGCAGCGGCUGCUUUGGCCCCAGCGAACUGGACCUGGCUGCCCGUUUUCGCCAGAAGCUGCGGCAGGGCGCCAUGACAGCACUUAGCUUCGGCGAGGUGGACUUCACCUUUGAGGCUGCCGUGCUGGCCCACCUGCUGACCGAGUGCCGAGAUAUGCUGCUGGAGCUGGUGGAGCACCACCUUACGCCCAAGUCACAUGGCCGCAUCCGCCAUGUGUUUGAUCACUUCUCUGACCCGAGUCUGCUCACGGCCCUCUAUGGGCCUGACUUCACUCAGCACCUUGGCAAGAUCUGUGAUGGGCUCAGGAAGCUGCUGGACGAGGGGAAGCUCUGA